UUUACCGCAAGGACAGCGGUGCUAGGACCCCGGCUACUCAAUAUAUAAGUCACCAGUAGGACUUGAACUCUGCACCACAGCUCCUUCAGCACAACAACCAUGAAGAACAUCGCUUCAACCAUUGUCGUGGCUUCUGCCGUUCACGGCAUUGCUCUUGCAGCCCCAGCUGGCCUAGACGACUCAUUGGACAAGCGUCUAGAGAACGGCCUCGGCAGAACUCCUGCUCUCGGUUACAACAACUGGGUUGUUGCUGAUCUAAUGAUCAGCUUGGGUCUGAAGGAUGUCGGCUACCAGUACCUCAACAUCGACGACUGCUGGCACAGCAAACAGAGGAACAGUUCAGGCUUCCUUGUACCAGAUCCUUCCAAAUGGCCGCAAGGUAUGAAGCCUGUCGUCGACCAGAUCCACGGCAAGGGUCUCAAGUUUGGCUUAUACGGUGAUGCCGGUAUCAUGACUUGCGCCGGCUACCCAGGCUCGCAAGGCCACGAGGCGCAAGACGCAAAGACCUUGGCGUCUUGGGGUGUAGACUACUGGAAGCACGACGCAUGUUACCUACCGUGUGUCACAGGGGGGACGCCGCAGACGUGUUGGGACUCAAGAUCGAGCACGAAGUCAUACUAUGCGACGAUGCGCGACGCACUUGCCGGUGCUGGACGCCCCAUCCUUUUCUCCAUGUGCCAAUGGGGCCGCGACAGUGUCUGGACCUGGGGUAAGGACUAUGGCAACUCGUGGCGCAUGUCAGGUGAUAUCGCGAACACUUGGAACUCGUUGGCUUCUAUCGCCUCCAACGCGGCUGGCAUGGCACAGUAUGCGGCUCCAGGAGGAUUCAACGACCUCGAUAUGUUGCAAGUCGGUAAUGGUGCUUUGAACGAGAACGAGGAGCGCGCGCACGUCGGCUUGUGGAUGAUUGCGAAGUCUCCAAUCCUGAUUGGUACUGAUCUCAGCAAGAUCAAGCAGAGUACUCUAACUCUCCUCAAGAACAAGGCUCUUAUCGCUAUCAAUCAAGACAAGCUCGGAAAAGCUGCUGGCUACUUCCGCCCCUCUGGACAGCCAGCGCCUGUGAAUGGAAAACUGUAUCCCUACUGGGCCGGCCCUUUGAGCGAUGGUGUGGUAGUAGGGCUCGUCGCUGCUGAUGGUGCGGCCACACUUUCAGCAAUUUCUCGGAAGUGCCUGGCCUCGGUUCAGGCAUGGAAAUGGACUGAGUCUUCACUGCGCUACUGGUACGGAACGUCCGUCUCUGCUCAGCUGGGUUCGCACGAUAUGCGAGUGUACAAAGUUACCAAGGCAUAGAUAGAGUAGUCACGAAGCGCCAGGCUUGCUAAGGUAGCUAAAAGAGAGCUCGCGUUCGUGGUUCGUAGUGAAAACAACAAGCUGGAGAUACAUUCC